AUGCUUCGAGUGAUGAACAUAUACAGGUUUAGCUUAACAGGGCAUACCAAGGCCCAAGUAUCGACGCUUGCCGGUAUUCUUCUACUACAACAUAAAAUCCAGUCCCAGUCCACAACCGAGGACAAGCACUUCGAUCCACUGGCAGGCAUCCUCCUCUCCGAACUCCUCAAACUGACCGUCUCCCUCCUCUGCAUCGCCCACACAGCAGAAGAGCCCCAAUCCCUCCUCGCAACCCUCAAGACAAACCACGAAGAAGCCACCCUCCCAGCCCUCCUCUACACCGCCGCAUCCUUCGCCCAAAGCAUCGGCGCCUCCUUCCUCCCCCUCCUCCAAUACCUCACCCUCUCCCAGACCAAACUCAUCCUCACCCCACUCCUCGCAACCUUCCUCCUCAACCAACGAUUCACCCUCCAGCACUGGACGUCCACCCUGACUAUGACAGCGGGGAUCAUUCUCGCCCAGACAGGCGCCAACGCCGCAGCAGAAACGCAGCCCCGCACCGCAGCCAACCCCAACAUCCACGCGCAUCCCCUCCUCCCAGGCAUCCUCGCCAUGCUGCUCUCUGGGUCCUGCGUCGCACUGGGAAGCCUCUCCAUCGAACGAUCGCUCAAGCGCGCCGCGAACAACAACACCACUACGACCGCGAAGGGGAGCGCGUUCUUCAUCCGCAACGCACAACUCGCCGCGCACAGUCUCCUCUUUGCACUCCUCUCGUUCCUCUGGAAGGAAAAGUGCCGAAUAGACGGAUCACGCUUCUUGGAAGGCUUCAAUCGCCUGGUCUGGGUGUUUGUGGUGCUCCAGGCGUCCGGUGGGUUCCUGGUGGCGUGGUGUGUGAGGGCGACGAGUUCUGUGACGAAGAACUAUGCGCAGGGGAUGGGGUUUGCGAUUGCGGCUGCGGGGCCGUUGGUUGUCGAGUCGAAGGAUGUUGAUGGGAAGGUGAGUGAUUUGCUUCAGCGCGGUGUUUUCGGAGAAUGCAUCGCUGAUGCGGAGGUUGGUAGCUUCUUGUCGGGGUUGUGCUUGUAUUGGGGGCGGUCGUUGGGUCGGCCUUCGCAGGGCAGAGUAUGA